AUGCCACGCCCGACGUCCAAGACAGAAUUACGGCGCGUGAUGGGCAUGGCAAAUUAUCUGGCCCGCUUUGUCCCACGCAUGGCGGAAGUCCUCCAGCCUCUUUCUCUGAUGUUGAGCUCAAGACAUGAAUUUGUGUGGGGUCCCGCGCAAGAAGCCGCCUUCAUGAAGUGGAAGACUGUUCUUUCAUCGGACCCUGUCUUGGGAAUGUACGAUCCAGAUAUGGAAACAGUGGUGACAGCAGACGCCUCAUCAUACGGUCUCGGAGCUGUCCUGCGCCAAAGACAGAAAGACGGCCGGGACCUGACGGUGGCGGACGCCCUUUCUCGGUCACCUCUUCCACGAACGGAAUCCAUGGAACUGGAGGCCGAAAUCCAAGGCUAUCUUCGACUGGUGGCCUCGUCAGUUCCAGUAACAGCGCCAAGUUUACAUCUUAUCGCCCUGGAGCAAGAGCAAGAUCCGGACAAGCCCAUUGAAGAACGGAUACAGCCCCGCCGAGCUGCUCAUGGGGAGGAGACUGCGCACUGCCCUACCCACGUCCAGCGAAAACCUCCAGCCCCGGACGCCGGACUUCCAAGAACUGGCAUCUUUCGAGAGGUCGCAGCCACAUACACCAAGGACCCCACAGGCCAAGGGAAGGGCCGCACACUCGAGGAAAAAACAAGCAAGGAAACCUGGUCCUGUGCGUGCCGAGACCACGGCGACCUCGUCGUCGAAUCCGACCGCUACAGUGCCGACAACUCAGAAUGCAGAGACGGCCGCACCAACGACCGGAGAAAGGAAACCUUCUCAGCGCCCCCGAGGACCAAGCCAUUCAAGGUCAAGAUCUUCGCCACCCUCCACAAUACCACGGUCAACUCGACCCGAGCCCUGCACGUCCACUCCUGCAGGCCCACCACCGACCACAGAGGACUGCGAGCCAUCGGACCCUCACCAACAUGGAGGAAGGAAUACUAA